AUGAAUCUUCCUCGUCGUGUAUCAGCAUCAAAUGGAAUUCAGAAAAGGCGAAGGCAGGAAGAUUUCGACACAUCCUUGGAGCAGGAAGAGACUUGUGAUGAGUCAAAGACACCUGAAGAUUUGAGGCUUCCAAUGAUCCUGCAGAUGUCAGUUGAUGAUCGAGACUUGCCCAGGAUGUACUGGAACAAGCCAAGGAGUGAUUUGAAUAUCAGACUUGAGCCUGGCAUAGGGGUUCAAUAUCAGUGUGAAGAUCACAGGGGCGUUGAAGUGAAUCGACUGGGGAUGAUCAAAUCGCUGGAUUCAGAUGCACAGGUUGUCGAAGUGUACAUCAUGUAUGAUCGAGUCCUCUUGGAACAUGUAGACGAGAACAUUACAACUAAUCGAGUACCCUGU